CGAAGUGUUAACGUUUUUCAGUGUAUGGCAGUCUUAGAUCUACUACUGGUCUUGAACGCAUAACUGUCAGACCCUUCGAGUUUCCUUAGUGAAUGUUGACAUUUUUAUUCUGUUUCGAGCAGUAUGAUCGCGCAGCCGGUCUGGACGUGAUUGUUCAUAUUCACGGCGGAGCCUUCAUGACCGGCAAUGGGGCUCGAACGGGGCUGCAAUACCUCAUGGACUACGACGUGGUGGUCGUCACCGUUGACUACCGCUUGGGUGUUCUAGGGUACCUGAGCUUUGAGGACGAGGAGCUACCUGGCAAUGUGGGCAUGCUGGACCAGGUCCAGGCCCUGCGUUGGGUGCAAGAGAACAUCGUUUACUUCGGUGGCAACAAGCAGAGCAUUACCCUGGCCGGCUUUUCAGCCGGUGGGGCAAGCGUCCUGAUGCACACACUGUCGCCGCUGUCCAAGGGCCUGUUCCACAAGGCGGUGGCGAUGAGCGGCUCGCCACUCAACCCUUGGGCGCAGCAGCCCGCCGCUGCCGCCAAGGCCAAGCGCCUCGCCGAGAUGGUCGGCUGCACCGGGGCCGACACGGCCGCGCUCGUGAGCUGCCUCCAGGCGAGCAGCGCCACGGUGCUGGUAGCCCUGCAGAGUCAAUUCCAAGUGCGUGCACAGAGGACAAUUUUAUAUCGAAUAAAGUUGUGUUAUGACGACAAUAUGAAUGAGGGAGGGGGAGAUACACUGUAAAAAAAAUUCUGAAAA